AAAUGAAAUCACGAAAAUAAGUAACACUUCCGGUUAAUGUAAAAUAGUAUUUGACCUCAGAAGAUAUUUACAAAUCACACAAAUUCCCAAUCCUGACCCUAGCCAAGAAUGCAGUUCUUUAGAACAUUUCGUCCACUUGGCAAUAACACGGUUCCCCUCAAGGCACUUCAAGGAUGUUCUUACUCAACGGCGACUGAAGCUGUUCAUAAUGUUACUCCCUAUAAAUUACAUCGCCUGGAGGAGGGUCCCAAGACAACAGUAACAUAUGGUCGAGAUGAAGCCCUCAAAUAUUACAGACAAAUGAGAACCAUUAGGGUCUUGGAAACUACAGCUGCCAACUUAUAUAAGUCUAAAAUCAUUCGUGGGUUUUGUCAUCUUUAUUCUGGGCAGGAAGCUGUAGCUGUUGGGAUGGAAGGAGCCAUUACACAUGAAGAUUCUGUCAUUACUGCUUACAGAGCCCAUGGUUGGACCUACACUAGGGGGGCUGAUGUUCGUAGUGUACUUGCAGAGCUUACAGGAAGAAAGACUGGUUGUGCUAAUGGUAAAGGCGGCUCUAUGCAUAUGUAUGCCAAAAAUUUUUAUGGUGGAAAUGGAAUAGUUGGUGCACAGGUGCCGCUAGGUGCUGGUAUAGCUUUUGCUCAUAAAUACAAAAAUGAAGAAAAAGUGUGCAUUGCUCUGUAUGGUGAUGGUGCAGCAAAUCAGGGACAGAUUUUUGAAGCUUACAAUAUUGCCAAGCUUUGGAAUUUGCCAUGUAUUUUUGUGUGUGAAAAUAAUGGCUACGGUAUGGGGACAUCAAUGGCUAGAUCUUCAGCUAGCGUAGACUACUAUUCAAGGGGAGACUAUAUUCCUGGAAUUUGGGUGGAUGGUAUGGAUGUACUUGCUGUUAGAGAAGCCACACGAUUCGCUAAAGAUUAUGCUCUUAAAAAUGGUCCUAUUGUAAUUGAAGCAUUUACCUACAGAUAUCAUGGUCACAGUAUGAGUGACCCAGGUACCAGUUACCGUACUCGAGAAGAGGUUCAAGAAGUCAGGCAGAAAAGAGAUCCCAUUGGAAAAUUCAAAGAUGUCAUUGUACAAGCUGGAGUGGUCUCUGAAGCUGAAAUUAAGAAAAUAGAAGAAGAAAUAAAGAAAGAAGUCGCUGAUGCUGCAGAGCUUGCCAAGAAUGAUCCAGAACUUCCACCAGAAGAACUCUACACCCAUGUCUAUAUGGAUCCACCUCCCAACUUCAAAAUUCGUGGCUGUGAUGAUUCCAUAUUGGCUGCUACUAGAUAAAUGCUCAACAUAGUUAUAAAAAUUAGACUUAUUAUUGAUUAAACAUUGAUAUUUUUAUAUAAAAAUUAGACUUAUUAUUGAAUAAACACUGAUAUUUUUUUUAACCUUCUGGAAGCUGACCAUUUUAAAGAUCAUAUUUUACAAAUAUGUCUACAAAAUAGUCUACAUUUCUAAAUGUGUUAAUAAAAAAAAGAAGAGGACUAAUUAUGGACUGUUAAACAAUUUUGUGUUUCUUGCAAUCUGUGUGAAUGAGUCAUUUUCCCAUUUUUAUAGUUGUUUUUUUUUUUUUUAAGUGUAGAUUAAUGUUUGUCUCUCUUUUUUUUUUUAUAUGUUGAUAAUAUGUCUUGCCUUCUCCACUGUACAUAUAGUUAGUGAAGUUUAAUGUGAAUAGAUGUCUUAAAAAUAUUAAAAUUUGUCAUCUUUAACUA